AUCUCAUCACCCUCUUCACACUGGAGCACAACGCCUGCAACAACCCCCAACCUAUCACAUCUCUUUAUCGCGUGGUAUCGAGGCUGCGCAAGCGAUGUUUUUGUUGCUCAGCCGCAGGUCUAGGCCUGCGCCCAGUCGCGGGUCCAUGCACGCGUCAAGCUGCCCCUGACUUUCAGCUCAAGAAACCGCCCUCCCGGUCAUAGAUGGAAUCUUGCAACGCAGACAAUCCCCUCCAACAUGGAGUCAAUGAUUAAACACGUCUAUGAGCCACUUCAAGCUCCCCGCGACAUCCGUAUCCUCAACCUCUUACCCUCGGAACGCUUCGACGAUCCGGUAUUGGUCAGCCUAGAGGUCUGCAAGGAGCUUCCUGAGCCUUUGAAACUACUUGAAGCGCUCAAUAAGGAGUAUUCGAAAGCGAAGUCGAGGUACGAAAAGGCGCGGAAGGCCUGGCAUGAGGCAAAAGCAGGAUAUGCUUCUGAUUGCAGAGCGCUCGGACCUUUCCAAGCCAUCUUGCAGACGGGCGAUUCGUAUUCUGCGGCAAGAGAGCACUACAGAGAUGCGUCCUCUGAUAUGAAGCGUCUUGAAGCAGAGCAUCGGAAGCAGGACUGGGAAAAGUAUCGACAGGAGAAGGAAACGCACGAACGCAAUUCCAACGCGAGCUACGAGGCGAUCUCUUACGCCUGGGGCGAUGACACCAACACCGUUCCACUUAUGGUCAUUCAAAAAUUCUGGAGGUCUACUCUACAGAUCCGGCCCAAUGUCAUGGAUAUGCUGCGGUACCUUCGUCGGCCGAUGGAUACCCGAAUGUUGUGGGUCGAUGCGCUAUGCAUAAAUCAAAGCGAUAUUGCAGAGAAAGAGCAGCAAGUUCGAAUAAUGGACCAAGUCUACCGGAAAGCUGAGCGGGUCUUGAUCUGGAUCGGAACCGAAGUGGGCGAGAAGGGCGCGGUGGAGUUGCUAUUCAAAACCCUUUCUGCUCCAAGUUACGACUACAUACUGCAUUCACUUCGCUACGCGUAUAAAGAGCUCCUCGCUUCUCCCCAGCCUAUUAAAGAGACUAUAUCUGGUUGGUUGCAGGGGGUACUGGACCGCCCUUGGUUUCAGCGGCGAUGGAUUAUCCAGGAGGUUGCACUUGGCCACGAACCAUACCUACUUUGCGGGACCCAUUCCGUUAUAUUCUCGAGAUUUGUAACCCGCAUGACGGAGUUACUUGACGAAGAAAUCAUUACGCUCGGUCUCGGUCCGGCCCAAGAGCGCCAGCAGAGCGCAGUCUACCGACUUCAAAACAUUCAAGGGCAGCGAAGCGAUUCAUAUCCCAACUUCUGCCAGCCCACGAUGCUUGAACUACUUGUCAAAUACUAUGCAGCCGAGUGCUCGGAUGAUCGCGAUCGUCUCUUCGCACUCAACAGCCUGAGCUCGGAUCCAGUCCCGGUGAACUAUUCCAAGUCGGCUGAACAAGUUUACUACGAUUACGCGAAGGCCGAAGUAACAGUCCGGCCCGGUCUUCUCCUUAGCUGUGGCGCUUCCUUCGCAGCCACCUCAGAUGCCCUUCCAACGUGGGUGCCUGACUGGCGGUCGUCGCCCAAAUUUCGACCCGUUUCCUUCAUGAUUGAUUCGGCCAGGGAUGAUUCUAACACAACAACUCCACCUACCAUUGAAUCCGGCAUUCUAAAAAUCGAAGCACAUGAGCGCGCGAAAGUUGGCCAGGUCGUAAAUGGAGACCUUAACGACUUUUCGUCACAUGAGGGCGAUUUAGCAAAAGUGCUCCAAGUCUGGUAUGACUACUUUCAUCAGCACUGCGCUCAGUCUUCAUCGUCAGUUCGACAAGAUGGCGAUGUGAUAUUUGUGGGCGCAGUCACCGCGGGCCACGUACGUCUCGGCCAGGGGAGAUUUGUCCGUCUCGUCCCGGAUUUCUUCAAGAACCCUCUCGCUCCCGCGACUGCAGCCCGGAGCAAGUUUAUUCUGACCUAUCUCAGUCAAUUGACUGACUGCCAGCUGACCUUUGGAGGCAAGGACGUGACUUCUAUCCGGGACGAUCGCGUUCUCUUCGACUAUACACCUUGUUCAGAGGAUGAGAUGGUUCCCUCCCACAACGAUCCUGACCUGUCCACCAAUUUUCAUCAGGUAGCUGCGCAGCUGGUUCCUGGGCGGCGGUGCUUCUUCACCGAAGCAGGGGAAUUUGGAAUGGGCCCUGCGAGCAUGCGGGUGGGAGAUAUCAUCGUCACCUUUCCAGGAAGUCGGACACCCAUCGUGCUUCGGUCUUGCACUCCGCAGAAGGCAUUUUGCUCUCAAACUCAGCACUCACAAGACUGCAUUUCACCAUUGCAUGCGGCGGACGAUUUGACAGCCCAGCAACGGGAAAGAUUCACCGUCGUGGGCGACAGCUACAUUCCGGAUCUUAUAUGGAGCCAGCCGACUCCACCUACGGCAACCCUCCGAACAUACAACAUUAUUUAAAGCAGACUUGCCAAGGUGGCCUUUAAAGACUAUGUUUUUCGAUGUUCGCUCGGCGGAGGCGAUGGGCCUGCCCCUUGGCAACAGUCCGCACGGCUAUUAUCACCUUCCCAAAUUGCAUUUCAUCUAUACUACACUUCGAGAAUGAGAUGUACCAGGAACAGCCCAAUAAAACCGCGACCGCAUCUCGAAUUCGGACUUCGUCAGGGCUUCCGGAACCACCAUGCUGGGAUCGAUCGACACCAGGCUUACGACCGCCUCAUCUAACCUACUUCUGCAUGUUGCAUUUCCCUGCACGAGUAUACGA